AAACUCCAUGUUUUCGCUACAUGAUGCGUCAACAUAAAAAAGCGGAUGAUGCUGUUAUGUAAAAACACGCUGGAGUGGAGCUGUAGUUUGCAGGAGCUCGCUGAUUGCUUUGCACGGCCCACUUCGUCUCUUUGAAGCAGGAUUGGAGUUUACAGUCUUUUUUGGAUUGUGUGUGUGUGUGCGUGUGUUUUUUUUUUUUUUUUUUUACGCGUGGAGCAGCGCAGUUUGGAGUUUAAAAAUAAGGCUUCAAUAAUGAAUCGUCCUCCGCUCCGUUUUCCUCCUUCACUUGCGGGAAGCUUACACCUGACGCAUCAUUAUCUCGCCCUGUGGAAGUGAUCGCCCUCCGAAAAAAGGUCCAAGCGGAGUUAUAUGACAGUCUAACAAAGCGAAGAGCGUAUGGACUAAGCUGAUGAUCCAUGAUGAUGCUCACUGAAGGGUCUCUUUGAGCAUCAGCCGACCAUUGUCGUACCCUGUGGAUGUAAAGAAGGUGUUGGACCGAAGCUGAGACUAUGGUGAAAGCUCAGCCGAGCCAGCCUGUCAAAUGCAGGAAACCCAAGAAAGAGGAGGGAGGCAAGGAGAAGAGAGUUGGCACUAAAAAAGGGAAAGAGAGAAAGAAGGAGUUGAAAGAAAGAAAGAAGAAGAAAGACAAGAAAGAGUGUCAUCGACAUAGGAGGAAGACACUGGCACUGGGUAACGGAGAUGCACUGGACUGUUGCGUCUUGCUCACUCGCUUGGAGGAGAAAGGAGUUGUUGGUAAAAAAAUGGAUAUACCAAAAGCUGGGAAACACAAGCAGGAUAAAGCCAAAAAGAAGCAGAACUCCACCUCCAUUCAAAGAAGGACCAAAUCUGGACUUAAGAAAAUGUUAGCAGGCAAUCAACAAGCACUGGAACCAAAAAACAACCAAUUCGACACCUUACUCAUGUUUCCUGCACCUGUUCUUGAGCCACGCAGGCGAAGAAUGGCCUCUCUUAACGCUGAGGCGGUCAACAGCUUGCUGCUCUACAAAGACGACUCUCUCAUCUCAAAUCUCACCAAGAAACGGCAGCCUUCUAAUGAAGAUCAAGCUACAGAUAGUGGCUCUAAAGUUGAGCACAGAGGUUGUGAAACCAAAAAGGUUCCUCCAGGAGGGAAAGCAGACCCAAAAGAAAGACCUAAAAAACAGAGGCGGUCAGCAGUGGAGGCUCAGGAAAUUGACUGGUUGGCUUUGUUUGCGCCAACGCCUCGGCGUCAGGCGGGCCUCACUGCUGCGACGCUUCUCAAACUCACCGGUGCUGCAUACGGAACCAAACGGCAAAAGAAAACUGAGUCCAAGUCUGAGAGUAAAAGUGAGGCAGCUGCCACGACUCACAGUGAGAUUAACUCUAAGCCAGUGUGUGGAGGAUCAACGCUGACCAAAAAAGAAACACAUCCCAAACAAGAGGACCAACUAAAGCACAGAACACAGGGUACAGAGGAUCCAGAUCAUUCCCCUGGCUCUACCGUCAAGGGUUGUUGUAGUUUGUGUAAAAGUGAAUCUCAGGAUCCAGAGUGGAAGGCCAACACAGGAGGAAAGGAGUGUCUCAAACAUCCACUCCAUUGUGGGUCUUCACUUGGAUUCUCCUUGAAAACAAUCAAAGAGGAGCAGGUGGAGAGUGAGGUGUCUUCCUGCUACUGCUGCACCCAGGAGAGGUGUGUCGAGUACUGUCACAGAAUGGCCCUUUUCCUGGAGGACAAAACUUUCAAGGAACCAGAGGACGGCUCCGUGUCCGAGGUGUUCCACCACCACCAUCACCACCACCAUCAUCAUCACCACCAUCUUCAGUCCCCUCACCCAGCAUCCAUAACCAUAAGCCCACACAGGUACACUUGCUUCCCAGGCUACUAUGUCCACUUUAGCCACCCAGACUCCUCCCCUUCUUCGAUUCCACCCCUUGCUUUGUGCUCCAGGAGUGACAAGAGGCCCAAGCUGCUCCCCAGCAGGGGUUCGCAGCCCUCAGGGAUUACACACCCGGUGUACUGCUGCACCUCAGUGGAGGCGUGCUACACGGAGCCCUCCAGGAUCAAUGGCUACCCGGCCUACACCAAUUUGAUUCCAGCCAUCACCAGAGGAGGGCGCUCCUUCAGCUCAACAGACUGCACCAAAUGUAACCACAGCAUCAAAAGAGAAGACUACCCAUCGACACUCGGCGACCAUCACAGCCCCUCCUCCAUCCCCAUCUGUCCCAGUCCCCGGACCCUCACUGGCUGCCCCAUUUCCAACGUGCCUCCAGCCGGCCAAUCAGUGCCCCACACCCAGGCUCCGCUUUCCGAUCCCAGCCAACCGCAGCCUCCUCUGCAGGUGGCAAAGGAGUGUCCCCAGAGUGCCAAGUCGCCCAGCGGGUCCAGGUCUGGCACGCGCGGGACCGGCAGCAUCGGCUCGGCUGACUGCCCUCUCAACAGGGACAAGAAACAGAAGCUCGGCCCUGCCAGCGUCGGAGGGCGAACUGUUGCCAAGCAGCCGAAGAAUGGACGCCAAAAAGCCACCAACGGCUGGCGGCCAGUCGGCGUGCCCUAUCAGAGGGAAGUUUUCUCUGUGGGAGAGGAGGCGAUGGUUUUAAGGACAUGUUACGAGGGAGUCCAGAGGGACGGGGAGCUGAUUUGUGUCAGAGACGCUGUUCUCCUGAAGUCUGGACCGAGGAAGAAGACUCUGCCUUACGUGGCCAAGAUCUCAGCUCUGUGGAUGGAGCCAGAGACCGGAGAGCUGAUGAUGAGUUUGUUUUGGUACUACCGUCCGGAACACACACAGGGGGGACGAAACCCAAAUGUACAUUGUGAGAAUGAGAUCUUCGCGUCUCGUCACCAGGAUGUGAACAGCGUGGCCUGUAUUGAAGACAAAUGCUACGUCCUAACAUUGGCACAGUACUGCCGAUUUUGUGCCUUGGUAAAACGCCGUAGGGAGGGUGUACGUGACAGUGCCGCCUCCCUCCUGGUGCCACCCAUUGUUGGUAAUGCCAUGCCCACCCACCACUGUGUGCCCGAUGAUGUCGACCCAGAGCUGGUGUAUUUCUGUCGACACGUCUAUGACUUUCGCUAUGGACGCCUCCUCAAAAACCUGCAGUAGCAUCUGACAGGACAUGACACAGAUUACGAUGGGAUGUGAGAUGAUGUUACCCCGGUUACAUCCUCCACAACUUCAAUUAACUACAAACCGAUCUGCUGCCUGUGUGAGAGGAACUGGACGUUUACGUUGAAGGAUUUAUAGAUCAACUCAUUUUUUUGUUUGAAAUUCUUUUUCACACUUCUAUGCCACACAUUUAUUUAGUGAGAGUAAUGGUCUGACAUAUUGUAAAAGGAUUGCUAUGGCUGUGUAAAUGGAUUGUGUCAUACAUGGCUCUCUGGUGUCGUAGCAGCUGUGUGAAAAACCUUGAACCUACUCUGCUGUAGAAAACGCUACUGUAGCUCUUAGAAAUGUGACAUUUGAUAGAUAUGAACAGAGGUUGAUGUUACAUGUUGAUUACGUCACUGUUUGAGUCACAGAUUUCAGAUGCAUAAUGUGUCACAAUGAAAUGUUAUGGUUGAAGAAAAUUUGAGGUAUAUUGUGCCCCUUUGGUCGUUUAGAAGAGAAGACGGACAAAAAUGUCUCAGUGGCUGAGGACAUCAUCACAGUUAUUAUAAUAUUUCUCUCACAUUUUCAGGAGUAAGACGUUUGGCAUUUGGAGAAUUUCUCUUUCUUGCCGUGAGUAAGAUGAGAAGAUCAAUACCACUCCCAUGUCUGUACCAUAAAUAUGAAGCCACUACCAGCUGUUGGUUAGCUUAGCUUAGCAUAAAGACUGGACGUGGUGGAAAGCUAGCCUUGGUAUUGACUGAAUCAAGAAGAUGUUUCCCUAGGCUAGCUGCUGUCUAUUGGCUUUGGACUGGGCAAGGCUAGGCGUUUCCUUUUGUUUCCAUACAUCUAAGUGCUAAUGAACUAUUCAACCCUUAAGGGCACUACAAUGGGGACCAAUAUUGUAUAUUUGUGUUUUCCCGAGUAUCAUGUAAGCUAAGCUAACUCGCCGCCGACUCCAGUUUAGAAAUGUUCUGAAACCUUUUUUUUUUUUUUUUCUGAUAUUGAUUUGGAUAGUUAGACUCAAGAAUUUGACAGGACCUAGAACCACUUUGAAACUAGUCUGAUAACAAACACAAUAUUGGUGGAAAACACUGACAAGUUGACAUUUUUUUGCUAGUUUUGACUUAGAGUUGGAGACAGCAUUGAAUGUACUGUGUUAUGUUUGUGUCACCUGACACCAGUUGAUUUUUGAUUGAGAUAAUUAGACAUGGUAUAUAGAAUUUAUUUUUGAAUAGCUGAUAUCCAAUACCCCUUUUUUAUAGCAGUCUUGGAGGCAAUCCAGAUACCAAAUCUACUCCAGUUCCAUGUUAAUCAGACAGAGCGCUAUUGGUCAUCUCACCAGAAUCUUGAAAGUUAAGCAAAUAAGCAAACCCAUCUUAUAUUAUUGAAUAGCCCUUUGAAGCAUACUGUGGUGGACUAGAUCCUGAACACAGUGCUUAGAUCAGAAAGAUGAAAUUAUUUUUUUUUUUAACCACUCUCAUUAAUAACACGGAAGACUAUGAAAUGUAGAAAUUCUUUACUUGCAUCUCUUGUGGGUUUCUCGGAUAAUUUCAGCUUUCAUGUUAUAUUUGUUGCUCUAAAAUCAGCAUCUGUGGGGAUGUUUUUAAUGUACAACAGAAGCGCACUCUACAAAGAAAGCACAGUUCAGUCUGCUUGAUGUCGCAGUGUGGAGAUGUCCAGUUGCAUUGAGGGGAUUUUUGUUAUGCCAAUUAUUGAGAGUAUUUUACUUUGUCAAAAGCUGUUUGCCAGAUGUGUGAUUUGACUCUGGUCUUAGCUGACUGUAUAUUUGCUUUUAUUUUUCUGGAUGAGUGUCUGUUUUUAGCAGAUGGCAUCAGUUAGUCACUUAUAUUCUUGUUUGUUCACCGAUGAGAUGGUGAGUAAUGUAUUGAGUGUAGCAUUUAGAUCAGUGAUGAUGAUUCAUUCCUACGUUUGAGAGAAGAUAAGUAUUUAUUUCUGUACUGAGAUGAAAACAUAAUUUAUUUUCAAAAGAUGAUUUUAAAGAAUAGAGUUUUAGAUGAGUGGCGUUCAUUCCUAAAUUUGAAGGUUAAAAAUGUAUCUCCUUUUAGCUACACUGUCUCAGAUGAAAGUGUGAGUCAUUUGCAAUAGUAUUUCUGUGACUGAUAGAGCUUGCUUACCCAAUUCAGACCCACUCAAUGCUGUAUUAAGAUCUUGAAAUCCUCAAGAUGGAUUUGAGGAUUUGGAGUAUUUUGAGGAAUCUCAGUUACAUUUUGACGGACACCUGUGAACAUGUGAACAGAGAUGCUUAACCUGCAGGACCAAAAUGUACCUUCACCCUUCCCAGCUUCCUGUCGUUAUCCUUUCAGUUCUCUUCAGAUGAUGAUGCUUUGCCUCUAUACCUUUAAAUGCUGAAUGCUAUAAUGAUUUAAACUCACCUUGCCACAAGCCUGUGCCCUUUAUCUUGCUGCCUUAGAGAACAUUCCCAGCCUUUCAUUUAGAAAUGUGUACCAAUACAGCCUGGGGAAAUGAAGCUUUUUAGUCUGCUGAUUGUGAUUCCUAAAUGCUUGAGAUGCCUCUCAGUUUCAUCACCUUCAUGUGAUCUUAUGGGAUCUGGAAGGCAACACUGAAUCUUCAUCCAACACAAUCAUUUUGACCAAGGUCUGUACACGUUAGCUUGAAAUGUUAAGAUCUUUAUUAUUCAACUCAAAGCAUUUGACAGUCCGUGAGAAGCGGCAAUUUACCUUGUUGUUAAGAGUUAAACAAGCAGAUUGAUAACGUUGUGAUAUACAGUGUGACGCAACAGCUGUCUCCAGGUUAGAUUAGCUUAGCAUAAGGAUGGCAAGAGGUAACAGCACGCAUAGCUCUGACUGAAAACGAAAAAACUUUUACCUUCCAGGACCUUUACAAGUAAAAAAGAAAAACACAUUUAAAAAGUAGCAACUUACAACAGCUGUUUCUCUCGGUCUCUAGUCUUUAUGCUAAGCUAAGCUAAUUGUCUGCUGUUAUUUAAAAAAAGUUAUUGAUGUACUAACCAAAAUAUUGAGUUGCAUAAAAUACAAAAUUAUUAUCCUCCGAUUAACUGUCCACCUGAAUACUGAUGUUUCAAACUUUUAUCUUUUUCUUUGCCAAAAUGUACCCAACACCACAAUCUUGCAGUGAAGCCAGGUUGGCUUCAGAAAAAUUGAGAUGGUGCCCUUAACUACAUUUUGGUCAAAUGACAAGAUACUCAAUAAUGUUGAUAUUUGGAUGGACGGUAAAAAGAAGUAAUGAUUGAAGCAGUACUUAAGAUGUUCAUGACCUUAAAACUACUGAGAUCCACUUCACAAGCACAGUGGUGAAAAACCUUGUUGUUAAAACAUAGAUUUGGGGUGGAAUUUCAUACGAAAAUGAUCACACCCUGCCUACUUCUGCUUUACGCCCUUUAUAAAGGGAGCCUAGACAAAACAGAAUUCACAGUUUACUAAGAAUUCAUAUUUGACUUAAAAAAAAAAUAGACCCUGCCUUUUCAUCCUGCCUUUUUUAAAUCAACCAAAGGCAAUUUGUAUCAGAAACAAUUUUGUGACAGAAUCAUUUCUGAAAAUGAUUGAAACAGCAGUAAAGCCCACACAGCACAAUGAAAUAAAGUAGAAUAUGGAAUAAGUACAUUUGCUAUCAUUUGGUUCUGAAAUUGAAAACCCCAGUGGGUGUUUACACGGUACAGAUUAUGGCUUCAGGAACCCUUCAGCAGACUAAUUAUGUUUAAUCAAGAUGUGUGAUAAUUAUGUCUUAAUUGGUCCUCUGUGCCUGUUCCCCUUAACCCGUCUUAAUUCCAAGUUUUUUCCAUGAAGAGAAAGACGAGCAGUAGCUGUCGUUUUUACCCACCUUCCAAAUGCCUUUCCUUUUUUUUUUUUCUCAGAUGACACCAUUCUUAUCUGUAAUCACCACAAAGAAAUGUUUGCACCAAAAAGUGACAGGGUAGGUAGAGUAUUUGAAGAAGUAUUUCAUUAUCCCCAAGGUGUACAAAAACCUAAACUCUGGUUCUUCUGAUGUGAAUUUCUGUUCAUAUUCUUUGCAUGGCAUUUUUGGAAAUAUCUUGGAAAUAUUAAUCACAGCACAGAAUAUUUGUAUGGUUUCAAAUUGACCUCUGUAAUAUAAGAAAAAUAUUUAAUUGUAAUAAAUAAUAUAUGAGUUUGA